GUCCAAAUGAGCUAGAUACAAGGGCUGGGCGUUGUAAGAAGAAGAGCAUGGUGUCUUGAGCUUGGGGCAGGUUUGCUUGCACCAGGGGACGACGGUUGUCAAGUCUCUACGAUUCUUUGCCAUAGACGCCACCUCUGCAUUACCAGAUAUACUGCAGUCGGAAUUCGAAUUGGCAAGGAGCAGGACCCGAGCUCGAUAUUUGAUCCAUCUGGUGGAUCACCCGUCUAGCGUACGCUAUGCUACGAUAGGACGUCAAGAGAUCGGGAUGGGCAGGAUUGAUCCGUAUGCUCGAAGCUCGUGCGCAGCCAGAUUUCAGUGGAAGAGCCCCGCAACAGCAAAAGUGUCGGUGACCCACUUGCAGACCUAUGAACACGAGCUAUUCGGAGUUCGAAAGGCAGACUCCGUAUACAAGCUGGAUCAUGUCAACUUGCUGUGUAAGCAAUACGAGCGUGGCUUGGAUAGAAGACCGAUCCGGGCAAUGUGUCAACUCUCGCAAUAUAGUGGUCACCCGUCCCACCUCCGACUCUCAAGUGCGAGUGGUAUGCAGUCUACUGAUUGACUUGAAACAGAGCAUGUGGUCCGCGCGAGAUUACUAGAUACGCUGUAGCAAGCCCGCAGCCCUGUCUAGGAGGUCCUCAUCGUCCUUCAAUGUCAGAUUUUGGCUCGCGGCAAAUGGUGAUUCAAGACCAGCCUCCGAAGGUCGCGGCGGAAAUGGCGGCCUGACAUGAAGACAGCAAACUCCCCGAAAGAAGACGGACUUUCU